AUGAAUAAAAAUUACAAGCAAUAAAGUUGUUUAGUACAUAAAGGAUUAGAAUUUAUAGCUUUGAAUUAGAAUAAAUAAGAAUUUGAUAACAAAUAAUUAUGUAUAAAAUGCUUAGCUGAGACUUCAAAAAAAAAAGUGAUUUUGAUCACUGAAUCUUUAGAAUAGAUUAGAGAGAUAACAUCUAAUUUGAAAUAAGAAAGAAAUAAUUAAAAAGAAAGAUAUGUUUAAAUAAUUAAGGAAUUAAUGGAUAAAGUAUAAAAUCUUAAAGACUCUUACAUUUAAUAAUUUGAAAAAAUAUCAUAUACAUUAGAAAAAUGGGUAUAAAUGAUUUCAAAUUAAGAAGAGGAAUUUAAUGAAAAGAUAGACACUAAUUAAUUAAUUGAUAUUGAUGAAUUUUUUAAGUUUGCUUAAGAAUUGGGUAGUUAGAAAUUAUCAUAUAAUGAAGAAUUUAAAUUAGAUUUAAAGAAUAAAUUGGAAGCAUUAAUACAAAACAAUUUAAUAAUAAAUUGUAUUUAAAGUCUGUAAAAUUUGGAAUCAAUAAAGAAUGAGUUUUAAGUUAAUGAUGAUGAUAAUGUAAAGAUCAUAAUUAUUAUAAUAGGAUUUAUAAAUAGAGUGUGAGUAUCAUUAAAAGGAAAAGAUAAUAUUAUUUGAUUUAAAUGAAGUAAGAUCUUUAAAGAAACGUAUUGCUUGUGUUUAAUGUGUUGAUGAAUUUCCAUCAACUCAAUAUAAAUCAAUAAAAUUUGUUUAAGCAAAAUGGAAGCAAGUUUAAACAGAAAAAUAAGAAAAUAUGAAUAAUAAUUCUAAAAUAUUAUUGUAGAAAGUAGAUAAUAUUAUAGAUUGUUUUGAUUAGAUAAAAUAGAAUUACAUUAAAAUUAUUGAAGAUCUUAAAAGAAAAAUAAAAGAAAAUUUUAAUGAAUAUAUAAAUGAAGUAAGAGAUAAUAAUUAUAAAUUGUAAUAAAAUUGGAGUCAUCUUUCUAAAGAAUAAAUUUGUGAAAUUGCAGAAAAUUUAAGUAAACCAAAUAAAAGUAAAUUAACUUAAGAUCCUUUGAUUAAAUAAUUCUAAUAACAAAAUAAAUUUAUCAAUAAAUCUGUUAAAGAUACUUUAUUGUAUCUAUAAGAAUGCGAAAUAAUAUUAUUAAAGAAGAUCAAUUUCUCAUAAAAUCCUUUUAGAAUUGAUGAAUUGGAAAAAUUAAAGAGCACUUAACUUUGUUAAGAUGAUAUUGAUAAUGAAAGUUAUUAAAAUAUUAUAGAAACAAAUAAUCCAUCAUUAGUAAUUAAUCUUACUUAUAAUUAUUCAUAAAAUAACUUACCUUAUGAAUUAUAAAGCGAUAAAUCAAUAAAAUAUUAAAAUUGGUGUCAUGCAAUUACUUUUAAUAAAGACUGUUCAAUUCUGUUAGCAGGUUGUAAUGAAUAGAUUAAUGUAUAUGUAUUUGAAGAUUAUAUUCGGAAAUAACAGUAAGUCUUAUAUGGACAUUCUGGUUGUGUUACUGCUUUAUAAUUUAUGAAUAUCAAUAAUUCAUUUAUAUCAGCUAGUGCAGAUUCAAGUAUCUUAAUUUGGUAAUACAAUUUAAAUAAUUUUUGGUUUUGUUAAUAAUAAUUAAAAGGUCAUACUUAUUAAAUCAAUUGUUUAUUAGUAAAUUAAGAUGAAAACACUUUAUUCUCAAGUGGAGAUGAUAAGUAAAUUAUAAUUUGGAAAAAUGAUCAAUAAUGGGAAGUCUCUUAAUCUAUUUAAGAUCACACUUUUUCAGUUUAUGGUUUAAGUUUAAAUGAUUCUCAAAAUAAAUUAAUAUCAUGUGGAUUUGAUCAUUUUAUUUUGAUCUUUGAAUAUUCAUAAUAUAAUAAAUAUUGGAGUUAAGUUCAAAAGAUCUUAACAAAUACUGGAGGAUAUCGUUUAGGUUUCAUUAAUGAUAAUCAAUUUACUUUUCAACCUAUUAAUUAAGAUGUAAUGGAAGUUUAUUUAAUAGAUAUUUAAAGUUAAUUAUACACUAAAACUUAAGGUAUCAAAAUUAAAAAAGGUUUUGAUCAAAAUUGUUUUUUCCCUUAAUAAUACAUUAAAUAAAAAUAAUUAAUCAUUAAUAAAAGUGGAUAAUGUAUUAAUAUCAUAAGAGUUCUUGAUAGUGGUUAAUUAAUACUUGAAUAAUGUAUUGAAUUUUAGACAAAUUAUAUUUUUGGUACUUUAUGUGAUAAUGGUGAUUAUUUAGUAACGUGGGAUUAUGUUACAAAAGAAUUAUAGGUGAGAAAAUAUUAGGAAUGA